UUAGGCGAACUUCCAUCACUGCUCACUCACCCGCCGCCUGCUCAGGGCUGAGCCGUUCACGUAUGGCCUUUGCGCGUUCCCGGUUUGGAGAGGUCCGUGCCAUCUCCACUCGCCUGGGGGAAAAGGUGCUUUGUUUCUCAAAGCUAUAACUCAAGAAAACAGACAAAAUGUAUAGAUGAGCGACCAGCCAUAACCAGCAGGCCCAGAAAACCAGAACCCUGGUCUGAUCAGAACCCCUUUCUCUCCCCCUGUUGCCGACUACUGACGCCCUGGGACCCGCCGUCACCAUGGAGACGGUGGUGAUCGUGGCCAUUGGGGUGCUGGCCACCAUCUUCCUGGCCUCCUUCGUUGCCCUGGUGGUGGUGUGUCGACACCGCUACUGCCACCCCCACCACCUGUUGCACCACUUCAACUCCAAGCCCAAUGGACUGACCUGCUGGUUUGAAGCUAUAAGUCUAUGGAUUGAACAGAGCGACUUCACAGCACUAAGACCCAAUGUUGACCUGAUCGGUGCCAUGGAGACCCAGAGUGAGCCGUCAGAGCUGGAGCUGGACGACGUGGUCAUCACCAACCCUCACAUCGAGGCCAUCCUGGAGAACGAGGACUGGAUCGAGGACGCCUCUGGCUUGGUUUCGCAUUGUAUCUCCAUCUUAAAGAUCUGCCACACCCUGACUGAAAAGCUGGUUGCCAUGACAAUGGGCUCAGGCACUAAGGUGAAAGCCCCAGCCAGCCUCAGUGACAUCAUCAACGUGGCUAAACGCAUCAGUCCGAGGGUGGAUGACGUUGUGCGGUCUAUGUACCCUCCACUGGACCCCAUACUCCUGGAUGCCAGGGCCACCGCCCUCCUUCUGUCAGUCAGUCACCUGGUGCUGGUGACCCGCAACGCCUGUCACAUGUCUGGCAGCAUGGACUGGAUCGACCAAUCACUGCACGCCGCCGAGGAUCACAUGGUGGUGCUGCGGGAGGCGGCUCUAGCGUCUGAACCAGAACGGAGUCUACCUGGAAUAGACAUGCAGAGAGAGCAGGCCAUCUAGAACACAAAGACA